AUGUGGCAUCAGGAUCGCGGAAUUAUCCCUGGUAUCACGGUGUCCAAGGGACAGGUGCCUCUGGCAGGGACCCAUUGUGAGUAUACGACAGAAGGCUUGGACGGACUGAGCGAAAGGUGUGCACGAUACAAGAGGGAUGGCUGCCACUUCGCUAAAUGGCAAUGUGCACAGAGGAUCAGCGAAUAUACGCCAAGUUAUCAAGCCCUCAUCGAAAACUCCAACGUCUUGGCCAGAUAUGCAGUAAUCUGUCAACAGAAUGGCAUGGUGCCGAUUGUUGAGGCAGAGGUGUUGCCAGAAGGAAACCAUGAUUUGUUCACCGCCCAACGCAUAACUGAAUUGACGCUCGCCUUCACUUUCAAAUCUUUGGCAGACCACCAAGUCUAUCUGGAGGGCUGUCUUCUUAAGCCAAAUAUGGUCACGGCAGGACAUUCAUGCAGUAACAAAUACAGUGUGGAGCAGAAUGCACUUGCCACAGUGCAGGCCUUAAUGCGCACAGUCCCACCUGCAGUGCCAGGUAAGGAACACAUAUAG